UCGUGGCCUUCACCGAUUUCGUCCCAUUUGGAUUACGAGCCUUGUAGUAGUCUGACUUAAUACGCACUCCUUCGCAUCGACAUGCUUCUCUCACCUGCAUCAACAAGCGCCAGCUUGCCUUCCCAGUCGUUCUGGGGCAAGUUCAAACCGAAGGGCAACAAGGACGAGAUGCGUGAUAAAACAUCACAGAUGGCCCUUGCUCGUCAACGGCUGCUCACUCUCGCCUUUGGCGACAUGGAAACUAUCCGCAUGCUUCCCAAUAGCUUUGCGGAAUUGGAAGCGGUCGCGCGCGAUUGGACGAAGCCUCCACCAGACGCUGUAUUCAGUCUUAGAGUUCCAGUCGAAUUCGCGUCGUUGGCUGCUGCGCGACUAGUGGCCGGCCCUUACAUCUAUCUUACUGGAGAUGACUCCUUCCAGAUCGCAGUGAUGGGUGUGCAGGGUCUGCGGGUCGAGAUCGUCAGUGAUGCACCUCCACCACCUGACGAAGUUGUUCCGCCACCUCCGCCUGUGCUAGAAAUGCCGGCAUCAUUCAACCUGGAGCUGACGCCGGGCCAGCAUGUGGCACUGGAUGUGACAGUGAGCUCUGACGAACUAGACAUGGCCCGGAUGGAGGACGGGACGAUGGUAGACGGGCUGUUCUGGGGCAAGCUGAACAUCGUGCACCAAGAUCCCGACAACCACAAAAUGGAGUUCAGCGGCACACGGCUUGCAAACGAAGCCGCUGCGCCGGACCUCGUAUUCGACUCACGAGUAAUGACGAAGUUGGCCGUGGCGGCGAAACCGACGACAGUGAAGUGCCAUUUGAGCGUGCUCUCGCCGUCCGUGGAGUACUGCGAUAUCAUGCUCACCAUGUCUCCUUUCUGGAAACUGGGCAUCACAUGGCCUCCCGCCGAGACUCUGUCGGAAAACAAAGUCAAGUACUUUUUGCGAGUGCAUCCCGGAGGCGCACUCGAGCACUUUGAGUCCGAGAUGGUCGGAACGUCGCUGUAUUACGAGGCCAUGCCCGAUCAAACUAUGGUAGAACCCAAUGACUACAUCGCGCCAAGAAACGGCUAUGCGAUGUCCUUCCGGGACUUUGUUCCUCAUCUGAUGAACGUCCUGGAUCAGCUCGGCAUGUCUAUCCAUGCCCGCACCAACUUUAUAAACUCGAAUAUCUCUGCUUUUUCGGCACACAAGAAUAUCGCGUACAGAUUUCUGUCUCCGAGCCGCAUUGCUGCCGCGAUCGACAUCUCUGUGACGCACGACCCUUGUAUCUUCACACGUCUAUUCCUGAUCUUCCGGGGUCUUUCUGACGACGACGCGGGUGUCUUCGCGGGAGCCGGCGAGAAGGAAGCCAAUGCGGUGAAUUGGCGAGAGGUUGUCGGCUGGUCAGAAGAGAGCAAGGAUUCGACCCUGUUCCGCCUCCUCGAAACGUCCGUGCUGGAAGUGACGUAGCUUUGUGAUUGUGCUCUAGUUAUCGUUGCAUUAUUGUAUGUACCCAGUAAUGUUGCAUUCCUAUUUGGGAUGACAGGCGUAGUGCUUGAUGUACAGCCACGUAGACGUCAUUAUGAGAUGUAGAUUACAAAACAAUACAGAUAGCGUGAUAGCGA